AUGGUGCUCAUCAGCCGCAAGAACCGCAAGGCGAUCCUCGAGUACCUCUUCAAGGAGGGUGUGCUCACCGUGCAGAAGGAUGGCAUGAAGCCGAAGCACGACCAGAUCGAUGUGCCGAACCUGCACGUCAUGAUGGUCAUGAAGUCCCUGACUUCCAAGGACUACGUCAAGGAGAAGUUCAACUGGCAGUGGUACGGUUUUUCACUAUUCCUUCAUGUUGUGUUGGUAUUUAUUUUCUAAAUCGAAAUCCAAGUUGUAGGCACUUCCAGAUGUGAUUUUGUUUUUGCAAAACCAACGCGAAGACGGAACUUCCCAAACAAAACUCAAAUCCAGGUACUACUACUACCUGACCGAUGAGGGUAUCUCCCACUUGCGUGAGGUGUUGCACCUGCCCAGCACCGUCUUCCCGUCUACCCUGACCAAGCAGGUCCGCCAGAACCGCCCGGGUGGCAAGGGUGGCUACGAUGACGAGGACCGACCGAAGGGCAAGGGAAAGGGCAAGGGAAAGAAGGGUAUCGAUAGUGUUUUUCCGUGUGGUCAUUAACAUCUCUUUCUUCUUGUUCGGUCGCCGGUUUCAUGUUGCUCUUUCAACACUACGCGUCUGCACCAAAUAUCCCUCCUCUCAUGAAACUCUUUAGAUAGCAGGGAAAAUAAGAUACUUCUCUGCGCACAGCUCAUCAUAAUUUCGUCUAAACUUGAACUUUCAGGUAAGGGCAAGGGCUGGUCCGCUGGCGGAAAGGGCGGCUAUGCCGGUGA